UAUGAUUUUACGCUUUAAAAGAGGUUCAUUCACUAUAAUGAGAUACGCAAAACUGGAUGCCGCCAGCAAAUCAGUCUGAUCACUGUGAAGAGGUAUGAUGACCUCUCUAACAAGUAAAGAUUUACACACCAACACAGGCUAGUUAAAUUGGAGGAAUAUUAAGCAUACAGAAUGGCCGAAGCGAGUUCCUUCCCGUCGUUUACAGAUGGUUCUGAUGCCUGUGCUGAAAACUGUUGCACACCAUGUGGAGAGGACAAUAUCAAUGAAGAAGCUGUGAAAUAUUGCCCUGAAUGUGACGAGUAUCUCUGUACAAGAUGUACAAGGCAGCAUACUAGGCGGAAUGCUACAAAAACACACAAGCUUGUUGAUAAAAAAGAUGCCAAACGCAGUAUCGCUGUUGUUGCUAAAUGCCCCCAUCAUCCGGAACGAGAUAUAGAGAUGUUUUGCAGAACACACGACAUGGUUUAUUGUACCAUGUGUAUAGCAACAGAUCAUAGAGCUUGUGAACAUGUAGACAAAAUUGAAUCCAAGUUAACGUCCAAUUUAAAUCAGACCGAGAUUAAUCGCCUAUCUGAUGAAUUAACGACAGCAAAGGAAACCUUAAUAAAUGCGAAAGAGAAACAAAAACACAAUCUGGCUUCACUUGAGGAGGAAAGGAUCAACAUAGACAAGACAUUAGAUGAUAUUGAAGAAAAGAUGAUACAACACAUCAGAAAAUUGAGACAAGAGGCAGCACAAUCUGUAACCAAAAAGUAUGACAUGAUGAAAUUAGGACUUGAAUCUGAAAUCAGCACAUCAUCUAGUAUGAUUGAGUCUUUGAAGGAGAGUUUACAUCACCUGAAAUCAAUUGAUAGUCUGAAUACAGAGCAGCAAUUUAUUCAUUUGAAACUGACGAAGAAGACUAUUACAAAUGCCAGAGAAUUUAAUGCACGAUCCGCUUCUAAAGGAAUAUGUUCAAUCAUUUAUACAGCUAAUGUUGCAUUAGCAGAAUUUGUUUCAUCAGUUGAUUCGUUUGGUCGGGUUCACGAAGGCAAGCAACUGACAAAACCAAUGCAAUACAAAGUGAAAGCAAUGAAAGAUAUCAAUGUAAAACUUAAACGUGAUACAAAAACAUGUUCAAUAUCUGAUAUAUGUCAACUACCAGACGGUAGAAUCGUGCUUACAGAUCGGAAUAACUGGAAUGUUAAAAUACUUGACCUUAAAUACAACAUCGUAGACAGUUGCGCAUUAGAUUCGGCUCCCAUUGGCUUAUGUUGUAUCAGCAGCAAUGAAGUUGCAAUUAAAAUGAACAACGACACAGUUCAGUUUGUUUCUGUUGAAACAUCUCUGUCUAAAACAAGAUGUAUUUCAAUAUCAGGCGGAAAGUAUUAUGGAAUGACAUAUUGUGAUGAUGGACUUUGGGUAUCUACUGGUUAUGGUGUUAACGUAUAUAAUACUGCAGGAACUUUCAUCAAAUCUGUUGAUAAAAAUCACAAUGGUAACAGGAUAUUUAAAUCAACUACCCAACAUAUGUCUGUCAAUGGUGAUACGGUGAUCGUUACAGAUUGUUCUGAUGGUGUUGUAUGUUUUAACAAGGAUGGUACAGUUGUGAGGGAGCUGAGGGACAGUAGAUUGAAGAAUUCUAAAGGUGUAUGUGUAGCUGAUGAUGGUACCGUGUUUGUGUGCGGACACAAUUCCCACAAUAUCGUGAUGUUCAGCAAAGAUGGGGACUGUAAAGGAGAGUUAGUAGCGACAAACUGUGGUUUAACGAAUCCUUUGAACAUUUGCUACGAUAAACAUAAAAACACGCUAAUUGUGACUUCUAGCAAUUCAAAUACAUUUAAAGUGACUGAGUUCGUUGAAUAAUAUAUGUUUUCAUGUACGUUGAAUAUCAAAUAGACAUUUAUAGGGAUAGGUGCAGAUAAGAUUCUUUUACAUAAUCAAGAUGUAUUGGUCACAUGUUAUCAGUUUUAUAACAUGAAAUUACUGUGGA